AUGAGGCCCUGUAGUGGUGAUGUUAUUAGCCUCGCUCUAGCCUUGGGUUUUGCAGUGCUCGUAGUAGCUGCUUCGGCAGCCACCUCCCACAACGGCGUGUUCUACGUCGGCGACGAGGACGGCUGGGUCGGCAAGCCGGCGGAGAGCUACGGCCGCUGGGCCGCCCACCACCGCUUCAAGGUCACCGACACCAUCGUAUUCAAGUACAAGAGGGGCGCGGACUCCGUACUGGUCGUGGACAAGCGCCACUACGACGCGUGCGACGUGAGGGACCCCAUAGGCGAGCGGAGCGAUGGCGACUCGGCGUACGAGUUGGGCACAGCCGGGCCGUUCUACUUCAUUAGCGGCGAUGCCGGUAAAUGUUAA